CUCCUUCUUCCGAGACACCGAAGAUGAUGAUCUCUAGAGGUUUAUUCGGAUGGUCUCCGCCUCAUAUGCAACCACUAACUCCAGUCUCUGAAGUCUCCGAGCCUCCUGAGUCUCCUUCUCCUUAUCUCGACCCUGGUGCUGAGUCUGGUGGUGGCACGGGUGCCGCCGCGGCGCAAGCGGAGGCUGAUGAAGAGAUGGAUGAGCAAGAUGAGGUUGAACCACCUCCUGCUGCUGUUCCUUUCUCUCAGCUCUUCGCUUGCGCUGACCGGUUCGAUUGGGGGCUUAUGAUUGUUGGCUCUGUUGCUGCUGCUGCUCACGGUACUGCGCUUAUUGUCUACUUGCAUUACUUCGCCAAGAUUGUUGAUGUUCUUGCUUUCUCUAAUGAUUCGAGUCAGCAGAGAUCUGAGCAUCAGUUUGACCGACUCGUCGAGCUUUCGUUGACUAUCGUGUACAUUGCCGGAGGUGUUUUCAUUUCUGGUUGGAUUGAGGUGUCUUGCUGGAUACUGACGGGAGAGAGGCAGACUGCUGUGAUCAGGUCCAAGUAUGUCCAAGUAUUAUUGAAUCAGGAUAUGAGUUUCUUUGAUACGUAUGGUAAUAAUGGAGAUAUUGUGAGCCAAGUUCUAAGCGAUGUCUUACUCAUUCAGUCAGCUUUAAGCGAAAAAGUGGGUAAUUAUAUUCAUAACAUGGCUACGUUUAUCAGUGGACUUGUUAUUGGAUUUGUCAACUGCUGGGAAAUUGCAUUGAUUACACUAGCCACUGGUCCUUUCAUCGUUGCUGCUGGAGGCAUAUCAAAUAUAUUUCUUCACAGACUUGCUGAGAACAUACAAGAUGCAUAUGCUGAAGCAGCCGGCAUUGCUGAACAGGCGAUCUCUUACAUUAGGACUUUAUAUGCCUUUACAAAUGAAACUCUAGCAAAAUAUUCUUAUGCAACCUCCCUUCAAGCAACCCUGAGAUACGGCAUAUUAAUUAGUCUUGUGCAAGGCCUUGGACUUGGGUUUACUUAUGGGCUUGCUAUAUGCUCGUGUGCGCUGCAACUUUGGAUUGGACGAAUCUUUGUUCACAAUGGAAGGGCAAAUGGUGGAGAAAUCAUAGCAGCUCUUUUUGCGGUUAUUUUAAGUGGCCUAGGGUUAAAUCAAGCUGCUACGAACUUCUAUUCUUUUGAUCAAGGAAGGAUUGCUGCGUAUAGACUUUUUGAGAUGAUAACUCGUUCAUCUUCUGUGGCUAACCAAGAAGGAGCUGUGCUAGCUUCUGUUCAGGGAAAUAUUGAGUUCCGGAAUGUAUAUUUCAGUUAUUUGUCACGACCUGAAAUUCCAAUCUUGAGCGGAUUUUACCUCACGGUUCCUGCUAAAAAAGCAGUUGCACUUGUUGGUAGAAAUGGUUCUGGAAAAAGCAGCAUCAUUCCUUUAAUGGAACGGUUUUAUGAUCCAACAUUAGGAGAAGUUCUUCUUGAUGGAGAAAAUAUUAAAAAUCUAAAACUGGAGUGGCUGAGAAGCCAAAUAGGGCUGGUUACUCAGGAGCCUGCUUUGCUAAGCUUGAGCAUAAGAGAGAAUAUUGCGUAUGGUCGUGAUGCUACUCUUGAUCAGAUAGAGGAGGCAGCUAAAAUUGCGCAUGCACACACAUUUAUCAGCUCACUUGAAAAAGGAUAUGAAACGCAGGUCGGGAGAGCCGGUUUAACAAUGACAGAGGAGCAGAAAAUUAAACUUUCGAUUGCUAGAGCUGUGCUUUUGAAUCCAACAAUUCUUCUGCUUGAUGAAGUAACUGGAGGACUAGACUUCGAAGCUGAAAGAAUUGUGCAGGAAGCUCUUGAUCUUUUGAUGUUGGGACGGUCAACCAUAAUAAUAGCCCGACGAUUAAGUUUGAUAAAAAAUGCUGACUAUAUUGCCGUGAUGGAGGAGGGUCAGCUCGUUGAAAUGGGUACACACGAUGAAUUGAUAAAUCUUGGUGGGCUGUAUGCUGAGCUUCUGAAGUGUGAAGAAGCAACAAAGCUUCCAAGAAGGAUGCCAGUUAGGAACUACAAGGAGUCUGCGGUGUUUCAGGUCGAGAGAGACUCUUCAGCUGGCUGUGGCGUCCUAGAACCAUCAUCACCCAAAAUGAUCAAGUCUCCAUCUCUUCAAAGAGGUAAUGGUGUGUUCCGUCCCCAGGAACUGUGUUUUGAUACUGAAGAAUCACCUAAAGAUCAUAGCCCUGCACCUGAGAAAAUGGGGGAAAAUGGCUUGCCUCUGGACGAUGCUGAUAAAGAGCCAACUAUCAAAAGGCAAGAUAGUUUCGAGAUGAGGUUACCAGACCUUCCGAAAAUUGACGUUCAGUGUCCCCGACAAAAAUCAAACGGCUCAGAGCCAGAGUCCCCUGUUUCACCCCUUUUGACAUCAGAUCCUAAAAACGAGCGUUCCCAUUCGCAGACGUUUAGUCGUCCUCUUAGUUCUCCUGAUGACACUACAGCAAAUGGUAAGGCGUCUAAGGAUGCUCAACAUAAGGAGUCACCUUCAUUUUGGAGGUUGGCACAGCUUAGUUUCCCAGAGUGGCUUUAUGCUGUAUUAGGAAGUCUCGGUGCUGCCAUCUUUGGUUCUUUCAAUCCUCUUCUGGCUUAUGUCAUUGCGUUGGUAGUGACGGCAUAUUAUAAAAGCAAAGGAGGCCACCUGCGCGAGGAGGUUGACAAAUGGUGUUUAAUCAUUGCCUGCAUGGGGAUUGUGACAGUUGUUGCCAAUUUCUUGCAGCACUUCUAUUUUGGGAUAAUGGGGGAGAAAAUGACAGAGAGAGUUCGGAGGAUGAUGUUCUCAGCAAUGCUGCGUAAUGAAGUUGGAUGGUUCGAUGAUGAAGAGAACAGUCCAGAUACGUUAUCCAUGCGUUUAGCAAAUGAUGCUACUUUUGUCCGAGCUGCGUUCAGCAACAGGCUUUCAAUAUUUAUUCAAGAUAGUUUUGCUGUUAUAGUUGCUCUUCUUAUCGGGUUGGCGCUUGGUUGGCGUUUGGCCCUUGUUGCAUUGGCAACUCUGCCAAUUCUCACUCUUUCUGCCAUUGCUCAGAAACUGUGGCUUGCCGGAUUCUCAAAAGGCAUACAGGAGAUGCAUAGAAAGGCAUCUUUAGUCCUCGAGGAUGCUGUUAGAAACAUCUACACUGUUGUUGCUUUCUGUGCUGGUAACAAAGUGAUGGAACUGUACAGGAUGCAACUCCAGCGGAUCCUCAGACAGAGCUAUCUCCAUGGGAUGGCUAUUGGUUUUGCGUUUGGUUUUUCACAGUUUCUUCUUUUCGCCUGCAAUGCGCUCCUCCUAUGGUGCACUGCGUUAUCUGUCAACCGUGGAUAUAUGAAGUUAUCAACAGCUAUAACAGAGUACAUGGUUUUCUCAUUUGCUACAUUCGCCCUUGUCGAGCCAUUUGGAUUAGCACCAUAUAUUCUCAAGCGACGCAAGUCUCUGAUUUCAGUGUUUGAAAUCAUAGAUCGAGUCCCUACAAUUGAACCAGAUGAUAACUCUGCUCUCAAACCGCCUAAUGUCUACGGAAGCAUUGAAUUGAAAAACAUAGACUUCUGCUACCCAACUCGACCCGAAGUACUAGUGCUGAGCAACUUCAGUCUCAAAGUCAGUGGUGGACAGACAGUAGCUGUAGUUGGCGUUUCAGGUUCUGGAAAAAGCACAAUAAUCUCACUGGUAGAGAGAUACUACGACCCAGUUGCUGGUCAAGUCCUACUAGAUGGGAGAGACUUAAAGUUAUAUAAUUUGAGAUGGUUGAGAAGCCACAUGGGUUUGGUUCAGCAAGAACCCAUAAUCUUUUCCACGACGAUCAGAGAGAAUAUCAUAUAUGCAAGGCAUAAUGCAAGUGAAGCUGAGAUGAAGGAAGCAGCAAGAAUUGCUAAUGCUCACCAUUUCAUCAGCAGCUUACCUCACGGUUACGACACACAUAUCGGGAUGAGAGGGGUAGAACUUACCCCGGGACAGAAACAGAGAAUAGCAAUAGCACGGGUAGUGCUGAAGAAUGCUCCCAUUAUCUUAAUAGAUGAAGCCAGCUCGGCUAUCGAAUCUGAAUCGAGUCGGGUUGUGCAGGAGGCUCUUGACACAUUGAUAAUGGGGAACAAAACAACAAUUCUGAUAGCGCAUAGAGCGGCUAUGAUGAGACAUGUGGAUAACAUUGUGGUGCUCAAUGGAGGGAGGAUAGUAGAGGAAGGUACACAUGAUUCUUUAGCAGCAAAGAAUGGAUUGUAUGUACGUUUGAUGCAACCACAUUUUGGUAAAGGUCUACGCCAACAUCGACUGAUAUAGAGUUUUAAGGCUCCAUCAAUGAUAAUGAUUUUGGCAUCUCUGAUCAAUGAUUCUCGGGAGUCGGGAGGGAUACAAGAUGUUCAAACAAAACUGUACAACCACG